CUUCAGUACGAUUUGACCGUCAAGCUGAUUAUUCUGGUCUGUCUGGUUGAGGGAGCUCGAGUCAUUCCAUGGGCCCAGGGACCUUAUUAGCUCGUACAGGGCUUAGGUCCCUGACACCAUGGCGAUGUACACGAAACAUCCAGACCCGACAGGUCCACUUCAUCAAUGAUCAGAAUAUUUCUCAGCUCCUUCCGACGAUGCACGACCUGGUGCUCAAGCGGAACGACACUAUCUAUAUGGCCAUGUCUGGAGGUGUGGACUCAUCGGUCGCUUUGAGGAUACUUGCUGAGAUGCCUCUCAACAUACACGUCUUCUUCAUGAGAAACUGGGAUGCUCAGCUGUCCGAAGCCCUCAGCGAAGCUUCUGCGGGUGAUUACAAAUCCCGGGACAGCUUCUUCUCCUACGCCUACCCUUCAUCAUCACCCGGGGUUCCCUCUUCUUCAUCGUCCUCGGCAGUGACUCCGUGUGGUUGGGAACGCGAUUGGGAGUCAGUACAGAGAGUCUGUGACCAUGUAGGAAUACCAAGACACAGAGUCAAGCUCGUCGACCUGAGUAAAGAGUACUGGAAUCGGGUAUUUGAGCCGUCAUUGCGGAUCUGGCAGGAUGGGGGAACGCCAAAUCCAGAUGUUGCCUGUAAUCGAGAGAUCAAAUUUGGCGCUCUGGUGGAUUAUCUCCGCCUUCCGAGGGAUAAAUUCAAGCGAGAACGGAUACACGUUGCUACCGGCCACUACGCUCGUGUGGUCAGGACUCCUCACAUCCAACGACUUUGUCGAGCCGUUGAUCAGAACAAAGAUCAAACGUACUUCCUCAGCUCCUUGACGUACCCACAACUCAAUCAUGCGAUAUUCCCCCUUGGUCAAUUGACGAAACCCUGGGUCAGGCAUCUGGCGCAGUACUACGGACUGCCGACGGCAUCUCGCGAGGAGAGUAUGGGCCUGUGCUUUGUUGGCGAGCGAAAACAAUUCGGCAACUUUGUCUCUCAAUAUAUGUCAUCGGACGAUACUCAGGGCUCCCUGGUGGAUAUUAAGGGCAAUGAACUUGGCUCGCACGGAGGACUCUGGCGUUGGACUAUCGGACAACGGGCAAAGGUUGCUGGACAGGGCGAAGCCCUUUUCGUGGCCAAGAAGAAAGUUGGCGAAAAGGAACGGAACAUAUUAGUUGUCCCAGAUGGGCAUCCGGCACUUCGAUGUACCCGUCUGCGAACCGGUCACUUUAAAUGGAUAGGAAGCCGACCUGAGAAGGGCCUCGCGCCUGGAGCGAAGAAAAGGGUGCAGAUCCAGGUCGCCUAUCGGAUGCAGGCGGUCAAGGCUUAUAUUGGCGCAGACUGGGAUUCAAAAGGGAUAAUAGUCGAUUUUGAGCAACCACAACCGGGCGUCGCUACCGGUCAAGUAUGUGCAGUCUAUAUGAAUAACUGGUGCCUUGGAUCCGGAAUAAUCGAGGAGUUUUGGACGGAGGAUCAAGUUCCGAUUGAUCCCUUCAACCCAGUAGGCAAGCAAGCUCGGUCUAUCGGUUGGAUCGAAGCAGGUAAAUUGGAGCAGGCAAAGGACUUGUACCCUAUCAGGAGAUACACCGCGAGAGAUCUCGAGCCCCCGAGCUCGAGGACAGACCAAUUGCCGCCUGAAGAAUUGAAGACUGCCAAGAUCGAGGCACCUGGAUUCUACGUCCAGAAGAUCAGACCUUACGAAAUGGUUAGAAAGAGGGAGCAAGCAGAAAUCAUGAGGGCCGAGGCUGCUAUGCCCUUUGCUCCUCGGGACUCGGAUGAUGAGGUUCAAAAUCGCAUAUCUGAAGAAUCACUAGACUCUGUAUCGUUGUAUUAUCAGCCAUAAACAGGUACAUGUUGUAGCAUCUAGACAAGACACAUGACAAGCCAUUCAAUUGC